CAGUGUUUAUAGGUGUCAACCCUGAAGGAUGGCAGAGGAAGGCCGUACGGUGUGCGUUUACGGUUUGCCAGCUAACGUGGAUCAUGAACGGCUACGGGACAAACUACUGAUUCACUUUCUACGCGAGAGGAACGGAGGAGGAGAGGUCACCUCAGUCACUAUCAUCGGUCGGACACCUCAGCGUGCCCUCAUCACAUUUGAGGAGAGUAGAGUGGCGCAGAGCAUACUUCGUCAUCAUCCUCACAUUUUACAGCUGGACGGCAUAAAAUAUGAACUCUCCCUGAGUCUCUCAUGCCAGGAGCCCCUGAGUCUGAAUAAGGUGAUCCUCGAUAUGACUGUGACAAUAGAUUGCAGUCUGCUUCCUCGGGGUGCAGACUCUCUGAAUGUACUGCUUAGUGAGUUUCCAGGUCUACGUAUGCAACGUGGCUUAUCACAGCAUAUGUGCACCUUGCAAGGCAACUAUUCCGAUUUUCAAGGUGCUUUUCCACAUAUGCAGAUGUUAUUUUAUCAUCACCUUUCAAGAGCCGAAUAUCCUAAUUAUAAUGGAAAAAGCAGUCAAGGUCCAGAGAAGAGGGGAGACCUUGCAAGUGUAAAGAAAUGGGCCAGAUUUACAUCCGAUUUACCAGGCCUUAAUGCAGGAGACCUCAGCUCCGGAUCCACAGUGGGUUUUAGACAAGAGCACUACGGACUGCAAGAUAACAAUGAAGCUCUCACUGAACGUAGUACUCAGAAUAAGAAAAGCAAAAUGGAGGAGGGAGCAGAGUGCAGGAUAGAUGAAGCUGAUUUGGAAGAUUUUUCGAUUAUCAUGGAAGCUGAUGUGUUUGCAUACCUGCAGAGCAUCAAAGAGUACAAGCAUAUACUGCAUCAUCAUGGAGUGCAAGUGGUUCAUGUUACAUCCGAGGGAGUUACCACCAUUUACCUGCAAUCAGAGGUCCCAACUGGGUCAGAGGUUAAACAGAAUAUGCGGCAAGCCCAUAAGGAGCUGAGGCAGCUUUAUCAAAAGCAAGAGGGUUGUCUGAGGAAAGACCAGGUUCAAAAGAGUGCCCUUUACAUGCCAGACGGACUGGCUGUAGCGUUAAAAAAUGUGCAGUUAGUACUGCCUAAUGUUUUGUUUAGCUAUGACCAGGACAACGUUUAUAUAGUUGGAGAAAAAAGUGAGGUAUCUCAGGCCAAACAAAUGCUACUGCUUGGGGUGGAGAGAAGCAUGAUGCCGAGCUUGACAGAAAUGCCACCAUCCUCUUCCAGUUCUGCUUCAGCAUCCUCUGAAUCUUUAGAGAAAGAGCAACAGGUUAAGAGAAAAAGUGAAGUACAUACUCCAGUGCCCCCUAAACUGUUCGGCUCUAACACUGAACGAAAAGGGGAGGCUGGGAAUACAAUGGGAAAAGAAUACAAACUGGCAGCUCGGUUUAAGAGCUCUGGGCUAGGACUUGGUAGAGAGGAGAUUGGUGGAGACAUAAGGAGUAUCACUGCUAAAAUGGACAUGCUAAUGUUAGACCUAAACUCUAAGUCAGCACCACCCACUAAGUCUCCACUUGGCACCGCAGGCAUACUCAGUAAUGAACUGACAGGGGAAGGAACUGAAACAUUCAAGAUGACAAGUCCAAGUUGUACAGGAGAGGAUGUCCUGUUUAAAAACCAAGAGCCGCUAUCUAUGAAUAGAUUUGGUGGAACCACCUUCAGCACAUCCAAGGCCAAACCAACUACUCCUGCUGGAUUCACUUCAACAUUUACCACAGGAGUCAAUGCUUCAGUGAAUACAAGUGUGAAUGCACUAUCAGCCAGUAAUACCGAAGUGAAGACAGCUGCUCCCUCCUCAUCAGUACCCACUUCCAAAUCCUCUUUAAGGAGGUCCAAUAGUUUCUCUGGUCGACCAUACCUAAGAGAUCAAGUGCAAAAAAAACAGAUUACCAUUGAGCCAAUGAUUAAUGCACAUGCUCAUCAAAGAGCAAGAUCCAAUAGCAUUAGUAGUGGAAGACCUAGUAAAGAUUGUCCGAUUACUACAGUGGAAGCAGAACUUACUGUGUCUUCUCUUAUGUGGGCCUAUAUGAAGGAGGCCUACUACAACCAAAUGGACAGCAUGAAAUCUGACUUGCAAAUGUCUGAGAAACAAGCAAGCAAAAGUGAGAUGAGCGUGACGCUGAAGGGCACAGAUUCAUCGAAGGUUGAAGAAAGUCAUCGGCAGCUUCAGAAUCUGGUGGCUGUGGUGGCUAGUGACUUUUGCUCUCAGGAGGUACGUUUGGCAGAGCUUGGUGUGGUUGAACAAGAUAAACUGUUUGAAACCUGCUGCUUGAAUGUACGGUCACGUUUUCCCAAGGUUUUCUUGCACACUACAAAGAGCAGCAUUUUCUUUCUUGGCCCAAAAUUGCUGUGCUCUCAAGUCAGUGAUAUAUUUAAGGAUGUAUUUCUUGGGCAAAAGUCUCAUUCCUUAUCACAAAUGAAGACCUUCCAGGAGGGUGUACAUCAAGGAGCAACCAAGGCAUCUUUGAGCAUACAAUCAACAAAAGCUGAUCACUCUAACUCUGAUCAAAGUGUAAAGGUGUUUUCUUUUCAGGAUACAAGUCAAGGGGUUCAGUCUAACAGCAGUCGCAAGAGCAGAGGUAAAUUGACCAAACUGAACUCGGCUACAUUGGAAAACUUGGAGAGCCCUAGUUCUAUGAUGGAUGAAUUAAGCACGACAAACUCACUAAGCCAAUUAGCUAAUGCCAGAGAAAACACAACAGGACCAAAAAUUGAUGGGCCAACUUCUUUACCACUUGAAGCACACAAAAAACAAGAUAACGCAAUGACUUUGAAACAGACCAACCUGCUGUCCCAUACCUCUUCAGAGAAAUGUGUGUGCGGAGCAAUUAGUACAAAUGUGAAACGGACCGCCUGUGGUGUCAUCCUUUGCUGUGACUGCAUACUACUUCAUUCAUACUGCCGAGUGUGUGGAAAAGAGGGAGUGUAUUCUCAGAAGAAGGUGCUGGGGGAUCCAGUGCAAAGUAAUGGCUCAAAGGAUAUACGGCAGGAACAUCAGGCUCAAGAGCAGCAUUCAGAACAAGAGGACAGCAAAGAACACAAGGGCAUCCAAGGAACGAUGACAUGUGCAGAGAUGACUUUAGGUCUUGCAGGCUAUACAAAAUACACAACGGCCAAGAUCACGUACUGCAUACCUGAUGGCAUACAAGGGGAUAAGGAUCCCUGUCCGGGGUCACCAUUCAAAGGUGGUAUAUUUGAGGCUUAUCUGCCGCUCGACCCAAAGGGACGGAGUUUAUUGCCCUACCUGAAAAACGCAUUUGAUCAAGGGCUAACUUUUACUAUUAGUUCAAGCAAGAAGGCCUGUGGUGGAGAUGCAAAAGUGAACUGGGGCAAGAUCCCCCACAAGACCAGGAUGGAGGGAGGGAAAAGCAGCAAUGGAUAUCCAGACUCUUCAUACCUUACUCUUUUGUCUGAUGCACUGGUGGCUCAUGGGAUUAAAGGAGCAGCUGCAAUCAGUCAAGAUCAAGCCAAAUCCUGACCUUGAGGAUAACACAAAUCAGAAGACCACAAAUAAUUACUCAAUUUUGUAUUACUUAUUUUCAUAUAUUUCUUUCCUAGAAAUGUAAAUAAAAAAAAAAAAAAAAAAGUGUGAUUGUGAAAGACUGCUUAAUCAUUUCUAAGUAUUUGUGCUGAGAAUUUUUUUUUUUGUACUUUUUGUAAUCAUUUUAGAGUGUCAUUGUCAUUUUAUAUUCAUUUUAUAAUCAUUGUACCAUAUCAGUAAUGCUCAACACAAUGCUGUGUAUAUUCUGAAUCAGCUGAGCAUGCUUUUUAAUAAAACAAUGAUCUUGUUUUAGAGAUUGAUUAUUCAUUGUAAUUCAUCCUUCAUCAGCCUAGCACAUCUCUCAUUUGUCUCCUCAAAUUGUCUCACCUACUCAGGCUUUUAUCUGUGGUGUAAAUGUUAAAUCAUAAGGAUAAUGUAUAAUUGAUUUUGAGUAAGCAGUAGGAGGCUAUCUAGAUUUUUUUUUGCUGCCUCAAUGCUAGGUCAUUAUGGGUAAUGUUAAGGCGUUCUCUGGAUUUUAGGGUUAUUAGGUUAUGGGAUGUUCUGAAUAAUUGCUGGGUGGUUAAUUAUAUGGCCUAUUCUAAAAUCUAAUCUUAUUUAGCUUUGAUUUAAGUACUUAAUAUUGUAUUUUUAAUGUAUAUAUGGCUCAUUUGUCUGUUGGCUGAAUACAAUUUAUUCCAGUAACAUGAGUUUUUACUGUACAAUAAAAAGUACGUAGACAUGGAUGAAAUGUUUCCCUUGUUGCUUCUUUCCACUGCACAAAAUCACUGCAACAUUCCUGCGUGUUUCCCUAAUACGUCAAAGGAAUCUAAGCAACAGGGUCAUAUUCCUUUUCUCUCUCUUUUUCUUUUUUGAAUCUGUCCUUAGUAUUAUAACAGAAGGCUGGAGAUUGACUCAGUAGCAGCUCAGCUCUGCAGACCGUCUGGCCCUUCUCCAGCAUACUACACAGGCUGCAUCAAGCAGUACUGGGAUCAACAAGAAGCGCCAGGGUACAGAGAGACCUGUUCUCAAACAAAACACUGACCGCAACAGUGAUCAGGAAGUUUAAAGAGACAGGUUACUAAUUUCACCCUCAACUGUAAUGUUGAAUGUAGCGUCUUGAUUAGAACAAAAUCCCACAGGGCAUUUGAAGCCGGUGUUGAGCUCUCAUCAUGACUUCUGGAAUUUAGCUGGAAUUGUUAUUUGCAUACAGCACCCUUUGCACCACAGCUUAGGCCAGAUAUUUGUGUGCAAGUUUCUGCCACAAAGUAAAAGAUAAAACAGGUAAUUGUGAUUGCGAUUAUGAAAAGAAAAAAAACAAUCAACAAAAUAUAAAGUCACAAAAACCAAAUGUGGGAUAUGGAGUAACAGCUAUUAGAUAUGAAGUCAAAUUUACAACCAAAAAAAAGUCAAAAUGACCCCUUUUUAGCAUCCAUAUCUGUGAAAUGGUGGAAGGAAAGAUUUUACCAGGAGAUGAGCGUCCCACUGAGAAUUGAACAUGCAGCAGUUUAAUUAAUCUAAUCAUAAAGUCAUUUAGCAUGUUUGAUUUAACAGAUUAAACAUACAUAAUUUAACACAGACUUAAUUAACUGGUUUUCUAAAUUUGAUGAGCAUGUUAAAAACAUGAAGUUUUAUGAUAAAUCACAAUGUGAUUUCAUGUUACGUAUUUUAAUUGAAGCACAUUAGUAACUUUUCAAAUAGAGUACAGUAAAUGUUCAGCAUUUGUUUAAAACAAACCGUCAAUAUCGUGUCACAACAUAUUGAACAUUAUCAGUUUGUACCCUCUGGGUUGUUAUUUUCCCUGCAUCUGUACAGACACCAGCCAGCACAGAGUCAACCCCCACAGUCCCCUGCUUUCAGAGCAGAAAACCUGCCUUUGGCAGUAUUCUUAGCCUCUCCACUGCAUUGUCUUCAUUAAAAUGGCUGAGCAGAGAGUUCUGCUGCUCCAAGAGCAACUCAGCGGUCCUGCACCGAUUCCCUGCGGACAGUUCCUGCAUGGACUGCAUCAGCAGCUGCUGGGAUUACAAAGCAAGAACUUUCUCUAAGGCUCGUAGUUUCAUAUGGUUAAUGUAGUGGAUAAAGAAACUGCAAUUUUAAGAUGCCUUUUGACAUUGUAAAUCAUUGUUUUGAAAAUCUGCCUACAACAUGAAUAUUUUCACAACAUUAUUGAAUGUAAGUAUUGUUUAAAAACAGAAUUAUGUUUGUAACUUAUAGAGGUAUUUGUUGAGCUCUGCAGUGUGUAAUUGUACUUUAUGUGCGAUAGGGGGCAAUUUAACCCUUGUACGUCCUUAAAGACAUUUUUUUUUUUUUUUUUUGCCUAUUCACGCCAACUGCAUUCAUUUUAUUAAAAGUUUAAUAUUUCACUCUUAUUUCCUUUAAUAAAUCUAUUUUACACUGGGUACACAAAACCCAUUAAAGCUGCAGUUUUUAAUCCCAGGGCCAUUUAACUAUAACAAUGAUGCCAUCUUUGUUAAUAGGCUUUCAUUCUGCUGGCAAGGCUUCAAAAUCAAAAUUUUUACUCUUUUUUUUUUCUUUUUUUUUACCAGAUGGGGACAUUUUUUUUAGAUUUGGCCUACAGGCCUAAAGCAAUACCUCGCCUUUUUCCUGUUGUCUGCUUCUGCAUAUUAUAGAGCCAAUUGGAUAAAUUAUGAAGCUAUAAUUGCGUGGGUGUGUUGGUAUGGAUGUUAGAGUGUGGUUUGCAUGCGUGUAAUAAAAUAAAGUGUGUGUACACAUUUGAGUGUUGUAAGAAAAUGUAGUCUGCCUCGACCCAGAUUCCACUCCAAAGUAUAUUUUAGAAUGAGCUCAUCCACAAAAUGGCUUAAUUAUCACAGAGAAGAAAGUCAACAGUUAUGUUGUUUCUGCACCAUUAGGGUUGAUCACAUCCUGACCAAAUGGUCAUCAACUGUAGAAUGGGAAUAGGUGUGGGACAGUGGUAACCAUCUCAGACAAUGGGGUGUAUCACAACUUCAUUAACAUAUAGACCACAGCUGUUAAAACAUGAGCAGCUACAUUUACAUAAAGGGUGGUAAACUGUAACUGGAUAAAAGGUUUGAGAUUUGGAUGUUCUGGGUUCAUUCCGACGCCGAUGAACCCAAGGUGCUUCAUGUACUGUGUCACUGCUUUGCUGCAAUACACUUCUUCAUCAAGAUCUUUAACGUCCUCAUAAUUUUUUCUUACAGUGUGUAAUGUUUGAGAGAGACAAAUCCCAGCGCUGUGUGUACCAGUGGAGCUUUGCUGGCAUCUAAUCAGAAAAAUGUAUAAGACCACCACCUAAUGUAAGGUUUGUGCCACAGCUGCCCUAAACUAACAGUAUUGGUGAUUACCAAAAUCAUGUUAUCAUUUUUUAUGUCUCUGUAAUGAUUAAUCCACACCAGUAUGUGUAAGCUCUUUAGUCACUGUAGUGUUUCUAAUGCUAAAAUAUAAUUAUUGUUUGGAUUUAAUGGAUUCAAAGAUAGAUCACACAAAAGUUUAAUCAAGUCUUUGGGAACAACUGUUUGGAAUUCAAUAACAACAGAGACUUUGGAAAAGUACAAAGUAUAAAAACAAUACUGGCAAGAAUGCAAGCUGUUAUCAAGGCCAAAGGAGGCCAUACAAAAUAAAGAUAAAAUAUAUAAUUUUUUUUGUUAUUAUGUGUGAAUAAAGACAAUUUAUUUGUUUCAGUUUGUUAUUUGCACAAGGUUUAAGCAAGUUUAUUUCUAAAUUAUCACAAACCUCAAGUUUGGAUCAUCCAAGAAUACACUAUUUGGCAACAUUUUGGACACAAAACUCAAUAUACACUACCAUUCAAAAGUUUGGGAUCAGUGAGAUUUAAAAAAAAAAAAAAAGAAAAAGAAAUUAAUACUUUUAUUAAGCAUCAAUACAAGUUAUUUCCACAAUAUUACUAAAUUUUAGAUCAAAUACCAGUAAAUGCAGCCUUGAUGAGCUUCAGACUUAUGCUUAACAUGUUUGUAGUUUUCUUUGGAUUUCUUUAUUUGUAAAUUAUUUAUAGCUAUUUUUCUUAAUUAUUUAUUUAGAAAAAUCUCAAUAUGUUCUUCAUGAAGUUGGUUGAACUUUAUAUAAGAUAAAAAAAAAUUGUUAAUGAAUUAUACUUUCUUCAUAUACAUUUGGAUUAUUUUUAUAGUUUAAAUCUCUACUAUUAUUCUAAAAUUUGGAGAAAAUAGUAGGCGUGUCUAAACUUUUGGCUGGUAGUGUAUUUUCUCAAGGAAAAGCAAUGAAAAAAUACUUUGUUGACAGAUGCUUGUACCUGUCAAACAGGUUACUGUACUUAAACACACCAGUUUCCUUUUCUCUCUUUUGCUCUCACACACUAAGUACGGAACAAAUCUUGACAUGUAGAGCGAGCGAACACUGAAUUUAAAACAGUCAAUUAUAAGUUCAGACAAGCGUGUGAAAUGGCAGAGGAGUGUUUCGAAGACCUCGAUCCAUUCAACUGUCCUAUCUGUCUAGAUGCACUCCAGGAUCCAGUGACGAUUCCCUGUGGACACAACUACUGCAUGGGCUGCAUUCAAGACUACUGGGAUAAAAAUAGCGGCAAAGACGUUGGUUACAGUUGCCCUCAGUGCAGGAAGACCUUCUCACCUCGGCCUGUUCUUAACAAAAACACCAUGUUUGCAGAAGUGGUGGAGCGGUUUAAAAACACAGGCCUUCAGGAUUCUCCACGCACACAUUAUGACGGACCUGGACACACGGAGAGAGAAACCUGCACUGCAAAAAACCCCAAAACUUUAAAGAUAUAUCCAGAAAGUGAGGAUUCAUGCUGUAAGAUGCACCUGAGAUAUCAUAACAAUGACUAUCCCACAGAAAAACACACAGUGAUUGUUAUAAAUCAGGAGCCUAAAGGAAAUAUUUGCUCACAGCACAACAGACCACUGGGAGAACAACGGUUCAUUUGUCCCCUGUGUCUUGAUGAAGUCCAUCAAGGACAUAAAGAGUUUUCAGCGGCACCUGAGAAGACAAAAACGCUGGAGAGCAGGACGACACUGGUGACACGUGAGCUCAGGAGUAAAGAUAAAACAACUGGACAUGGUAGGAGACCAUCUAAUAAGAGGGUUCAUGGCACUGAACAUAGACAUGGGCAUCGGACUGGACACACCCGGGGCUCACGUGCUAAAAGAGGGCAUGAAACACACAGACAUAAAAGUAGUGGACACAGAGGUAAUUCACAUGGGCACAGUCAUGGUGCUGGACACAGAAGGAAAAGACUGGGAAUCAUGGUCAUGACAGGAACUGGCACUAGAAGAACCACUGCAGAUAACAUCAGAGCGCUUUGAACCUUGAGUUUGACCACAGUGUUGCAGAUGCCGUGUUUUCUAGAGGAAUGUUGCUUCUACUAGAUUCAGGCGUCGAAUGAAUUUUACUGAGGUGUCAAAUUUCCUUUGAGUGACGACAAUUCAUUUCUGGAUACAUUUAAUGUUCACUCUGUUAUAUAAAUGAAUAGUAUUAAUUAACAUGGUUGUUUGCUGAUAUUCUUAACAAUUCAAUGUUGGGUGUAUAACAAAUAUGUUCAACAGCAAGAAAAAACUCACACCUAAAAUAACUUGUACACUUUACAACUCAUUAAUCUUGAAAACACACUACUAGUUAAUAAGUUUCCUGAAUGUUUAUCAGAUUAAUUUAUAUAUAUAUUUUUUUAUAUAUAUAAAGUUUAUAAACAUUACACUCACAUCAAUCAAUUUCUAGCCAAAUAUUUUCAACUUAUAUUUAGUAAGGAAAUUCCCAUUACAUUUCCUAGCCUGAAAAUCACACUUUUAAAAUAUUUCUUUAUAUUUCCAAGUUGUCCAUGUCUGUGGAAACUAUUUUUUAUUAACGAAAUGUAUGGUGUUUGUGCUACACUCCACAAAAAAAAAAAAAAAAAAAAAAAAAAAAUGAAAUAAAAAUAAUUUUGUUAAUCAGUAUCUUUGUCUUGUUUUACAGUAAGAAUGUCACAUUUUCACACAACAUCCUUUAAAUACAUGAGAAGGAAAAUAACAAAUAUAUUUAUUCUUGUUUUGGGAGAAAUCUAACAAAAUGUACAGUGGUAAAAACUUGAGUAACACCAUUUUACAGUGUCCUUGUUACACGUUUUAUAUAGUUUCUAUAGUAUUAACUAUAAAUUAUGCAUAAUUUCAUAACUAUCCCUAAACUAAUCCUUAAAGGAUUAGUUCACUUUCAAAUGAAAAUUAGCCCGAGCUUUACUCACCCUCAAGCCAUCCUAGGUGUAUAUGACUUUCUUCUUUCUGAUGAACACAAUCGGAGUUAUAUUAAUAAAUAUCCGGACGCAUCUGAGCUUUAUAAUGGCAGUGAGCGGGAUCAACGAGUAUGAGCUGAAGAAAGUGUCUCCAUCCACAUCCAUCCAUCAUAAACAGUACUCCACACGGCUCCAGGGGGUUAAUAAAGGCCUUCUGAAGAGAAGCGAUGCAUUUGUGUAAAAAAAUAUCCAUAUUUAACAAGUUAUGAAGUAAAAUAUCUAGCUUCCGCCAGCUUGGGGUAAUUUUCAUUUGAAAGUGAACUAAUCCUUUAAUCUAACCCUAAUUAUAUAGUAAGUACAUUUAGUAAAUUAAUAUUACUCAGUACUUAAAUGUAUAAUUACACUGAAAUAAGGACACCUUAAAAUAAAGUGUAACCAAAACUUUAGAAAAAUAAACUUGUAUUUCUAUUUUAAUUAAGUUUUUCUUACCUGAACAGCAAACAGGCAAAUAGUUUAUUUUUAGCCUUAUACAAACCUCCGUAGUUUUUGUUCUAUCUCGAAGUAAAUGCAUCUUAUUUUAAGAAUGUUUAGAUAUUUAUAGUGAAAAGCAAGUACUUGUGGUUUUGCAUUGUCCUGCUGAAAUACACAAGGCCUUCCCUGAAAUAGACGUCGUCUGGAGGGGAGCAUAUGUUGCUCUAAAACCUUUAUAUAACUUUCAGCAUUCAUAGUGCCUUCCAAAACAUGCAAGCCGUCCAUACCGUAUGCACUUAUGCACCCCCAUACCAUCAGAGAUGCUGGCUUUUGAACUGAACGCUGAUAACAUACUGGAAGGUCUCCCUCCUCUUUAGCCCGGAGGACACGGCAUCCGUGAUUUCCAACAAGAACGUCAAAUUUGAACUCGCCUGACCAUAGAACACUUUUCCACUUUGAAACAGUCCGUUUUAAAUGAGCCUUGGCCCACAGGACACGACGGCGCUUCUGGACCAUAUGUCCAUGUGGCUUUCUUUUUGCAUGACAGAGCUUUAGUUGGCAUCUGCAGACUAUGACAUCCCUUUUAUAGCUAAUCAUGUUACAGACCUGAUAUCAAUUAGUGCUGUAGUAGCGGACUCGAAGCGUUUUUCUGUUGUCUCGGACUUGUCUCUGACUUGGUCAUUGGUCUCGCAAAAAGUUCUAGAUGGUCUCGACCGAGUCCAGCAGGUCAGUCUCACUUCUUUCCGAUUCCGAGCCGAUCCGUUGUUACCAGCGGCGCCGAAUAGGCAAUAACGUCAGCUACGCGUUCUCACUCUCUUCUCUCCGACGGUGAAGUGACACACCAGCGCGGGCGCCUCCUCUCUCUCACUCGUCUCAUUCGCUCCAGUUAAUAGUGCUUGUAUUGCGCAUAAUUUUAUUCAUUCCCGCAGGUUUCGUGCUCACACCAAAGGCGCGCGCACCACUGAUCUAUAUUAGUGAAGCGAACAAGCCAUUCUCAGUCUCAAAUAGAGACAGAAGUCAAACAGAGUCACAAAAUGAGUGUCUUACUGCGCUUAAAAGGUCAAAUACAUACAAAAUUAUGUCAAAAUGCCCGUCUUGGCGAUUAUUCAGAUAAACACAGUCAGUUUUGGAUCGUUAAAUAGCUAAGAAAGAGAACGCAUGUUGUGUAACAGUAUUGGGUCCAUUAAU